GCCAGUGGGGGAGGGCGGACGAGUUCGCGGCCGAAGAAGAGCCACGAAGAGAGAGGCUGCUGUCAUUUGGGUUUUUGUCAAUGAGACAUCAGACCUCCUCCCUUCCUCCCUCCCGAGAAGAGAAGAGAAGAGAAGAGAAGAGAAGGGGAAGCUUCGGCGGGGUAACGUCGCUCCAUCCGGCCGCUGAACGCCACGCUUUGCUCGGCUCAUCCCAACAAGUGGAGCCGGUGCCGGUGCUGUAGGAGAAAGUUGAGCGCGCGGCUGGGAGAGCAAAAGAAAACAAAACAAAACAAAACAAGCAAGCAUGAGCAACCUGGACGAGGACUUCGCCAAGAUCCUCCUGCUCAAGGAGGAGAGGAUCCGCGAGCUGGAGAGGCGCCUGCUGGACCGCGACGACGAGGUGCAGGAGCUCAAGAGGAAGCUGCACAAGUGCCAGUCGGUGCUGCCCAGCGCGCAACUUCUGGGCCCGAGGACCCGGCGAGCCCAGGGGAUCUCGGCCGAGCCCCAGACCCACCAGGACGUGUCCAGGCACACCUUCCGCAAAUACGCCAAAACCGACUGGUCUAAGGACCUGAUCAAAGAGGCCAUCCUGGACAACGACUUCAUGAAGAACCUGGAGCUGUCGCAGAUCCAAGAGAUCGUGGACUGCAUGUAUCCUGUGGAGUACGGGAAGGACAGUUGCAUCAUCAAGGAGGGCGACGUGGGUUCGCUGGUGUACGUCAUGGAAGACGGGAAGGUGGAGGUGACGAAGGAGAGCCUGAAGCUGUGCACCAUGGGCCCGGGGAAGGUGUUCGGAGAGCUGGCCAUUCUCUACAACUGCACCAGGACCGCGACUGUCAAAACGCUGACGAACGUGAAGCUGUGGGCCAUCGACCGCCAAUGUUUCCAGACCAUCAUGAUGCGGACGGGUCUCAUCAAGCACACGGAGUAUAUGGAGUUUUUAAAAAGCGUUCCCACCUUCCACAGCCUUCAGGAGGACAUCCUGAGCAAGGUCGCCGACGUCCUUGAGGAGACCCAUUACGAGGACGGCGAGUACAUCAUCAGGCAGGGGGCAAGAGGGGACACCUUCUUCAUCAUCAGCAAAGGAAAGGUUAACGUGACCCGGGAGGACUCGCCCAACGGAGAACCCGUCUACCUGCGCAGCCUGGGGAAGGGAGACUGGUUCGGGGAGAAGGCGCUGCAAGGGGAAGACAUCAGGACUGCCAAUGUUAUUGCAGCAGAAGCGGUUACCUGCCUCGUCAUUGAUCGAGACUCAUUCAAGCACCUGAUUGGAGGCUUGGAAGACGUGUCCACCAAAGGUCAUGAAGAUGUUGAUGCCAAAGCAAAGUACGAAGCCGAGAACGCGUUUUUCUUCAAUCUCAAUCUGGCGGAUUUCAACAUCAUCGACACUCUGGGGGUCGGCGGCUUUGGUCGCGUGGAGCUGGUUCAGCUCAAAAGCGACGAGACCAAAACCUUUGCCAUGAAGAUCCUCAAGAAGCGGCACAUCGUCGACACCAGGCAACAGGAGCACAUUCGCUCGGAGAAACUCAUCAUGCAGGAGGCUCACUCUGAUUUCAUUGUUAGACUCUAUAGAACGUUCAAGGACAGCAAGUACCUCUACAUGCUGAUGGAAGCUUGCCUCGGAGGAGAACUGUGGACCAUUCUUCGAGACCGAGGUUCAUUCGAGGACUCGACCACCAGGUUUUACACUGGCUGCGUGGUGGAGGCCUUCGCCUACCUACAUUCCAAAGGCAUCAUCUACCGAGACCUCAAACCCGAAAACCUUAUACUGGAUCACAGGGGUUACGCCAAACUGGUGGACUUUGGUUUCGCCAAGAAAAUCGGUUUUGGGAAGAAAACGUGGACUUUCUGCGGGACGCCCGAGUACGUAGCGCCCGAGAUCAUCCUGAACAAGGGCCACGACAUCUCCGCCGAUUACUGGUCACUUGGGAUCCUCAUGUUCGAGCUCCUGACUGGCAGCCCUCCGUUCUCUGGCCCCGAUCCAAUGAAGACCUACAACAUCAUCCUGAGAGGCAUCGACAUGAUCGAAUUCCCAAAGAAAAUCACCAAAAAUGCUGCCAACUUAAUCAAAAAGCUAUGCAGGGAUAAUCCUUCUGAACGACUGGGAAACUUGAAAAACGGUGUCAAGGACAUCCAAAAGCACAAGUGGUUUGAGGGCUUUAACUGGGAGGGCUUGAAGAAGGGGACGCUGACGCCGCCCAUCAUCCCCAACGUCACGUCGGCCGUCGACACGAGUAACUUCGACAGCUUCCCGGAGGACAACGAGGACCCGCCGCCCGACGACAACUCGGGCUGGGACGUCGAUUUCUGAAGCUCCCCUUCGAGCUCCCCCCCCCCCCCCCACGACGGGACCAGAAGAAACUCUUCUUUUGUCGGAAUGGAGGCCACGCCGAGGACGUGGCUACGUGGUAAAAAAAAAAUCAAAACAAAAGCAGAUAUGGAGAAGAAGUAUAAAUGUAGAUUUAACGGAUGGGUGGAUGGAUGGAUGGCACGCCCGACCGGGUCACCGAUAUGCCUUUAUUUCACUGUGGCCCCGGGGGUCAAGCAUUUAUAGCGGGACAGCUGUAGCACAUGUUCAGUGUUGUCUUACACUCAGCUCUGAGGCGGACAAAAGUGCAGGGAUACACUUGCACGCGCACGCAAAAAAAAAAAAAAAAAAAAACAAAUUAAAAUAACGCGGCUGACGACGGCGCACGUCGACCGGCUGGCGAAUGUUUCUUUGUAUUUUCUCGUCGUUCUUUUUAUUUUAUUUUAUUUUUUAGGAUUAAAAAAAAAUAAUAAACAGUUUGUGAACAUGUAAAAAAAAAAUUGUCGUGUUCCGAUCAUCUGCUGGCUUUCUGCGGUCGCUUCUGUUGUACUACAAGUGCUCUCUCGACUAACCUGAAUGUCACCGAUUGCCGCAUUACAUAAUCUUGAAGGUUUUAAAGGAGACAUAUUAUGCAUUCUUCCCCCCACCCCCACAAAAAAAAUGUUUUUAUUGGAGAUUUCUGAAGACUCUCAGACCUCAUAGCUGGAGAUAAAUAUUAAAAAAAAAAGAAAGAAAAUGCGCCCGCGCAAAGCCGCCUCUGGCGAUCUGGUCCCAAAUUGCUAACUGUCAUGUCGUGAUCCGAGCCGCUUAUUCCCACAAGGGUUGCGGGAAAGCCGGAGCCCAUCCCAGCUGGCUUCGGGCGAAUUACGCCCUGAACCGGUCGCCGGUCAGUCGCAGGGCAGAUACCGACGCCAUCACUGUCAUCUUACCUCUUACCUUCGAACACACAGCCUUGUGUUUGUCGAUAUUGUCCACAUUUAGUUGUACGCGAGCCAUAAUCCAUCGUAGGUACUUCGUCAAUCGUGUUUUAGGCUUUGGAAAAUGAAUCAAGCGGGCCCCUUGCAACCGAGCCGGAUAUCUUUCGUCAGAAUCGCACGUUCCCCAAGCGCAUCUGAAGACCAUUUCCUUCGUAACGUUAACUUUUCCAAGCGCACGCUACUGACCACCAGUAUUGCUUGUGGGACAAUACGGCGAGAGGGGCGUGUCAAGACAAUGCAGCUUUCUGAUUGGCUAUUUUUGUACGAGUGAUUGACAGGUCGGAAUGGUCCAUUGCGUACUCAUUGCGGUUUAGCUAAAUGUACGAGCGUCGAAACAGGAACCCGCCCUCAUUCAGGCAAGUUUUCAUAAUAUGUCCCCUUUAAGGUACACCAUAAACACACAAAAAGCACAAUAGUGUGCGGAGCCUCCCCAAAGUGCCCCGUUCCCGACGUGGCCCGUCACGCACGGCCGACACGACAAAUGAAAGCAUUUCCGCGAGGUAACGCCGUCGCCCGACGCGCGCUCGAAACGCCCCCCGCGCAUUUUAUUUUCAGGCCGCGCUCCGAAAUGUCGUUCGCAACGUCGCGCGAGGACGCUUCGAACGCUCGGCCGCCCGUCGUCCUCCGUCGCGCUUGUACGGCUCCAACUGUGAACCAGGUGUCGAUCCAUAUCUUCGGCGCUGUUAUUGAUUCAUAACCGCAAAAAGAGACGGUGACGUGACAGUAUUGCUAGGUUGUCGUUUUUUUUUUUUUCAAUUUUUACUAUUAUUAUCUCCUUUCUUUUGCUCGGUUUUCUUUAUUAUUACAAUUGGAUAUUUGGUGAUCCCCCCCCCCCCCCCCGGGCAUAAUAUUUAAAAACGAUUUUGAUCAUUUUGCCACUCGCCUCUCACGUCCCAACAAUCAAGAGCAUAAAAUGGAAGUGCCUUAAAUGGACGCCAUACAAAUGAUCAUCACAAGGCCUUUUUCGAUGCUGCAUGAACAUAAAAACUGCAAAGUUUACUUCAAAGUACGCCUCACCCGAAAUAUCGUUUCUUUUGCGUUCCGCCGCGUAAAAAUUAAAAAUCCAUCGCACCCGACUGCAAUGACACGCUUUUCACGUCCACGUGGAAUCGAAAUAUGGAAGCAGGAAUGAUUUGCAGUUGCGAACCUCCAUUUUGAUUUCAUUUCGAUAUCCGGGUCGUCCAGUUUCGUACACGCCGCCGCGUCGAGGAAAGAAAUAAAACGGCAGCGUUAAAUAGGCACAAGUAUUUAUGAUGAUGAUUGCGAUUAUUACGGCAGGUUUUGUUUUUUCGUCCUUAUGAUAUUUUACGCUUGUCGACUCUUCGGGACCGCCCGCGUGAAAAGGAAUCGAGUGGAACGCGACGGUCGUUCCGUUUGCUCCCCAAAAUGCAGUAAAUGGUAGUUGUGUUAUUGUUAAUUUAUUAUUAGUCUUAAUUUCAAUACCGGAAGGCAAUUGGGUUCAAAUGUUUUUUUUUCUUCUUUUUUUUAAAUACAUGAUUAUCUCAAACAUUGAUAAGUGAGCGCAUUUAUGUCAUAUUUGGACCACCUUCUCUGCAAUGUCCAUCUUGCCAGAUAUUUGCCUUGUGUUGUUCAAGUUUUGUUUUGUUGCUGUAAAUUAAUUUUUCAAAGUGCCACGUGUAUGAGUUUUCUUUUUCUGAAUUAUAGAAUUUAA